CAAUUUAUAACAACGUCACGGGCUGUGCGUGGGAUUUACUUACGACAAUAAACGGGACUAUUCUCUUGAAGAUUUGCUACAGAGGGGAUAUUUUCAAACUCACCGAUAACCAAUCCCAGCUUUGCUUCGAUUCUUCACAAUCAAGAGUUUGUCUUGAAGAGUCAGGUCAGAGGCACAUCGGGCAGACGUGGAUGAAAUACCGUUCUGUUGCAUUAGCCGGAACCAUCGCUGGCAUUUGUGUCAUAUGUAUGAACUUGAUAUGUACCAUGGUCUUGAGCUUUGGUACUCUAGAGUCUUCGUUAGAGCGCAAGAAAGGAUGCUUGCUCUGGCCUCCCGAUCUGAUCUGUGGUCUUUCUUCCUUCAUAACAGCACAUGCCUCAGCAGCAUGGGUGCUUCCCGUGGUGUUUGUAUAUUUGACUUGCCACAUCCUUUCAGAUCAGUUUUCCAAACUGACCCGUGAUUUUACAGAAUCCUUCGAAGGAGUGGAAAACAUCGAGGCAAGGCACCUGGAAAAAUACCGGCGAACCCUCAACAUCCUUUGCCGAUCUGUAGAACUGGGAGACAAAAUGCUGUCACCGUUAUUCGCUGUCGCGUACUGUACAAAUAUCACCACCAUCAUAGUCCUCUUCUACCAAGUCUGGUUUCGUAAAGCCCAGCUUCUUGAUUUGUUUAUUUUCUAUUUCUUCAUUGGUGGGAGCAUCAUGUAUAUAAGUGUCCUAUCCUACAGCGCUGUUACUGUUCAUCAGAAGGCACAUUCUCUUCGACGCCAUGUACACGAUCUCCAGACUGCAACAUUUGAUCCAGAAAUUGCACAGAUUCAGAUGCUGUUUUUGGCUCGACUCGACGGACCAGAGAUAGGAAUGACUGCUCUCGGUUGCUUCGUCAUUACAAAGGAACGAGUUUUAGCGGUCAUAAGCACACUCAUAACCUACUUCACCAUCCUCCUGCAGUUUAAGGGCCUGUGUCCAGAUGAAUCCGAUGGCAUCAGAAACUCCACCUUUCCGACCUCUACGACCGCCUAUACGACCUAAGACUGAGCACACUCAUAACCUACUUCACCAUCCUCCUGCAGUUUAAGGGCCUGUGUCCAGAUGAAUCCGAUGGCAUCAGAAACUCCACCUUUCCGACCUCUACGACCGCCUAUACGACCUAAGACUGAGCCAACGAAUGGGCUUCUGCAUGGGCCCCGUCUUACAAAGAGUUAGGAUCGAUCAACCACAACUCUCUCGAUCCCUUUCUUUCUUUUACUCUUUUACAUCAACUUUUUACUCUAUUUCUGUCCACUGUGUAGUUGUUGAACUUAUGUAAUCAGUCCAAAUAAUGUUGGGCUAUUGUGUUUUACCUUAUGAAAAACAUUUAGACCUAAGAAAUACAAGCAUUAUUUUUUAUUAAGGUUCCGCCACUAUUGUUCCUUUUGUAGAAACGUUUUCAAACUUAUAGUAAUUAUAUAGUAGUGGAUACUUUGUUAAUUUUCUAUACAUGUUCGCCUUUUCAUGUUAUCAUGUAUGUAUGUAUGUAUUAUUAUAAAUCAGA